AUGAAAUCAGCGUUUAAUUAUCAAUCCGAGAUUGAUUAUUUAAAUAUUAGAGCGCUUCAAAUUGGACGAAUGACUAUAUUAUGUCCUAAGUGCCAUGCAAAAAAAUGGAAAGAUGAAACCCAUGGACUUUGCUGCGCUGACGGUAAAGUUGUUUUACACCAAUUUGAGGAUCUUCCAGACCUAAUUAAAAGUUUAAUUGAUAAUUCUCACCCUCUAUCAAAACAUUUCUUUGAUAAUUCUAAACGGUAUAACACUCUGUUUCAAAUGACAUCGUUUGGAGCAAACGAAAUAAGUGAAGGGAACUUCAUGCCCUCUUUUAAAAUUCAGGGUCAAGUGCAUCAUUUAAUAGGUAGUUUAUUACCCGAAAUUGGAAAUAAUGCUAAAUUUUUACAAAUAUAUUUUAUGUCAGAGUCGGAUCAAAUAUCUAUUCGAACAAAUAUGAUUCCAAAUUUAAAAAGAGGUCUCAUUGAAUCAUUGCAAACAGUUUUGCGUGAAAAUAAUCACCUCAUACAGAGCUUUAGAUCUAAUCUGGAGUCGAGGUCGUUUGAUGAGUUGCAAAACUUUAAAUUAAUUAUUCAUGCUGACAGAGUUCCUCAAGAUGAACACAGAGGUCAAUAUAAUGCACCUACCAUCGAUGAAGUAGCUGUAUUAUUAGUUAAUGAAGAUAAAGGUCCCAGAGAUAUAGUUCUGCAUGGUCGGAGUGGACACUUGAGUCGAGUUUCCGAAUUGAAUAGAUCUUAUGAUGCACUGCAAUAUCCAUUGAUGUAUACUAGAGGCGAAGACGGUUAUCACAUUAAUAUAUUACAGGAAAAUAACCAAAAUCGAACCAAAACUGUAUCCUGCAUGCAAUUUUAUUCUUAUAGGUUUAUGGUUAGAGAAACAAGUCUAAAUCAUCUACAUUAUUACAAAACAUUAUUCAGCCAAUUCGCCGUAGAUAUGAUGGCAAAAAUGAUUUCUGAAAGACUACACUUUAUUCGUAACCAUCAAAAACAACUACGUGCGGAUGAUUAUGUUCACCUCCGAGAUGCUGUUAACAAUGAUGCAAAUAUUAAUGCUAAUAACGUGGGGCAACAAGUAAUUCUUCCCUCCUCUUUUACUGGCUCCCCACGUUACAUGCAUGAAAAAAAUCAGGAUGCCAUGACUUAUGUUCGUAAAUUUGGCCGUCCAGAUUUAUUUAUUACUUUUACAUGCAACCCGGAAUGGCCGGAAAUAAAAAAUGAAUUAUUUCAAGACCAAAAGUCUGUUGAAUGGCAAAAACGAGGUUUGCCACACUGCCACAUUAUUUUGUGGUUACAAACGAAAAUUCAGCCAGAUGAAAUUGAUAAAAUUAUUUCUGCCGAGAUACCAAACAAAGACAGAGAUCCUAUAUUUUAUGAAAUAGUAUGCAAGAAUAUGAUUCAUGGCCCAUGCGGCGAGUUAAAUAUUAGAUCGCCAUGUAUGAAUAAUGGAAAAUGUAGUAAGAAAUACCCUCACAAAUUGGUCAAGGAUACUCAAACUGGAGAUGAUGGUUAUCCGACUUACCGACGGAGAUCACCAGAUGAUGGAGGUUAUACUGCAAUAUUAAAAGUUCGUGGUCAAACAGAAAUCGUGGUUGACAACCGUUGGGUUGUACCGUAUUGUCCAUUGCUAUCUAGGUGCUUUAAUGCGCAUAUUAACGUAGAAUACUGUCAUUCGGUUAAAGCGAUAAAAUACAUAUGUAAAUAUAUUAAUAAAGAAUCAGAUAGAGCUACUUUUUCUGUUAAUCGUAAAAACGAUGAGAUUACAAAUUAUUUGAAUGGUCGAUACAUAUGUACUUCUGAAGCGUUUUGGAGAAUUUUGAAUUUUGAAAUCCAUGAUAGAGAUCCGACAGUUCAGCACUUGGCUGUUCAUCUAGAAAAUGGACUGCGUGUUUUCUUUAAUGCUAAUAAUCUUCAUCAAGUUAUUGAAAAUCCAAGAAAAACGACACUAACUGCAUUUUUUGAACUGUGUUCACAUGAUGAUUUUGCGAAAACACUGUUCUAUCAUGAAGUUCCUUCUUAUUACACCUGGGAUAAUAGCAGAGGCUGGUUAAAGAGAAGACGGGGAAAAGAUGUUCCAGGUUGGCCAGGAAUAAAAAUGGACACUGCCAUUGGUAGAAUUUACACGAUUCACCCAAAUCAAAGUGAGUGCUUCCAUUUAAGAUUGUUACUAAAUUAUGUACAAGGUCCUACUUCAUUUGAAAGCUUGAAGGCCUUUGAUGGAGUCAUUCACGCGACUUUUAAAGCUACCUGUUUUGCUCUUGGGCUUUUAGAAAAUGACGAGCAAUGGAAAAAUACUCUAGCGGAGGCAACUCUUUCAGAAAGUCCUUCAAAAUUAAGAGAAUUAUUCGCAAUAAUCAUAGUUUUCUGCCAACCGUCUGAACCUCAAUCUUUGUGGGAACAGUUCAGAAAUGAUUUUUGUGAAGAUAUUCUUCAUACAGAGCGCACUCGAUUAAAUGACUUGCAAUUUACUUUUUCUGAUGAAAUAUUUAAUAGAGGUUUGAUUGAAAUAGAAGAUAAAGUUGUUUGUCUGUCUGAAAAAUAUUUAACUGAAUUUGGAAUGAACUCACCUGUUCGAAAUGAAAAUGCAUCUGAUCCUUUUGAAUUCUCAAUUUUGCGUUCUUACGAUAAUAACCGAUUACAAGAAUUUGUAGAAAUCAAUUUACCAAAAUUAGUAAAUGAUCAAAAAUAUGCAGAAAGUAAAGUUGCAUUAGCAGUAGCUUCAUCUGGUAUAGCAGCAACUCUCCUUAGUGGCGGCAGAACUGCUCACUCGACUUUCAAGUUACCGUUAAAUGUAUUAUUUGAUACAGAAUACGUUUGUCCGAUUCGUAAAAAUGGCCCUCUUGGAAAAAUUCUUCAAGAAACCUCAUUCGUUGUGUGGGAUGAGUGUACAAUGAGUCGCAGAUCACAUAUCGAAGCAACUGAUCGAACAUUAAAAGAUCUUAGGUAUAAUAAUAAGUUUAUGGGUGGCAUAGCAUUUGUUUUCGCUGGUGAUUUCCGUCAAACCUUACCAGUAAUCCCUAAAGAAAAACUUUAUUUGCGAACAAACAUGAGAGUUUAUUUAUGCGGAGGGGACGAUAUUUUUCCAGCACAGUUGUUGAAAAUUGGAAAUUUAACUUUAGAAAAUGAAAAUGGUUACAUUUCUGUCAAUCACACGAUUGGACGGGUGGUCAAUAACGUGGAAGAGUUGAUUUCUACAGUUUAUCCUGACAUUUUUAUUCUGUCCAAUAAAUCUUAUCAGUGGUUAUGUGAAAGAGCUAUUAUCUCUCCAAGAAAUGUAACAGCAGAAGAAAUUAAUGAUAUCAUCCUUCUAAAAUUCGAUGGACACUCACGUGAAUAUCUAUCUAUUGAUACAGUUACAUCAACAGAUGAUGCUAUUCAUUAUCCACAAGAAUUUCUCAAUUCUCUUUCUCCUUCGGGAUUUCCUCCUCAUAAACUAAAAUUAAAAAUUGGUGCUCCAAUUACAUUAUUACGUAAUCUUCAACCACCGAACUUAUGUAACGGUACAAGAUUACAAAUAAAAUCGUUGCGAAAUAAUAUUAUAGAAGCCGUAAUUCUUACAGGGCCAGCGAAAGGAGAAAUUGCAUUUAUUCCAAGAAUUCCCAUGAUUCCCUCUGACUUGCCGUUUUCUUUCAAACGGCUUCAAUUCCCGGUUAAAGUUUCUUUUGCCAUUACCAUAAACAAAGCACAAGGUCAAACAUUCAAAUCGUCAAAUCCGUUCCCAUUUAUGGAACUUACUUCUCAACAAGGAAACACAAACUUCUUUGAAAGAAGACUAAGCGAACACCAAUUACAUUCAGUUGCACUCUGA